AUGCUAGAUGCACGACGCACUCAAGACGGCGCUCGCGUAUCACUCAAAUGUAUAGACAUAGAAAUUGGUCGCUUUUUCAGUAGCUUACCUCUCAUCCAAGAUCCAGCCAACCAUUGCGUGCCAAUUUACGCCUGCGGGCACCCGCUGACAAUUAUCUUGACAUCGAUCCAUAAUGAUAUGUCGAAGGACUUCAAAUCUGUGGCCAGGCAUUGUGCACGCAUGCAGUCCCCACCACGAUACCAUUACAUAGACUUUGGUAUCUCCCGCAAAUAUGAUGCAUCCUGGAAACCCCCAUAUAUGUUCGUGGAAGACUACACCAAACCUUGGAACCCUUUCCCAACUGAUAUUUGGUCUUGGGUAUAUAUGCCAUCCAAGACAUUUUUCAACGUAAGUGUUUACUCAGGCGUGGAAUUCCUGACUGGCCUAGUAUCGGACAUGAUGCACUCGGAUCCAGCACAACGUCCGAACAUGGACGAUAUUUUUUCUCGACUCCAGAUUCUACGUCAGGUCCUCAGGAAAUUGAAGUUACGUUCCCAGGUGGCCCACAACGGCGAGAUAUCCCUAUAA